ACAAAAAUAGAGUUGAGUAAAAGUUAGUCCACCACCUUCACUGUGACACAUUCCACUCACCAACCACUCCUCUCUGCUUCUCUGCCCCUUGGUCUCUUUACAGAGAGUAGUGCUAAUCAAAGCCAAAUACUAGUUCAUGCCUGCACAAAGAGGGUGAGAGAUGACUGGUAGUAGCAGUGAUUCAAAGGUAGAGAUAAUUUCUAGGUUAGCUCAAUGGAGAAUUGAGAGCUUUGGUCCUUGUUCUUAUCGACGAUCCGAUUCUUUCAAACUUGGAAUUUGGAACUGGCACAUAUCAAUUGAGAAGAAUCGGUAUCUAUAUGUUCGUCUAUUUCCUGAACCGUCUCGAGUCUCCAAAGAACAACCACCUCUUGCUAGAUUCGUCCUACGAGUCUCAAGUUGUGGUCCUAAUAGACGACCUUACAUUUCUCCCAUUCACGAGAGACUGCUCCGGACCAGUGAAGACUUUGUUUGGCCGGUUGAUUCCACAUUUUUGGGCCGUAUAGUCAUUGAUGUUGAAUUUCUGGACCUGAAAAUCUGUCAACUUAAUGGUGGUGAUCCCAUUUCGAUAUGGCCUGGCGAUGGAGCAACACAAUCUCUUGCAACACAGCGGACACUCUGCUGUCUCUCCCGAAUGCUCAAUGAGGAAAUACUCACCGAUGUCACUAUUAACACGUCGGGUGGCACACUAAGAGCACACAAGGCAAUUCUAUCUGCAUCUUCUCCAGUAUUUCAGAGUAUGUUUUUACAUGAUCUAAAAGAGAAAGAGUCUUCCAUGGUUGAUAUAGAGGACAUAUCUGUAGAAUCUUGUAUGGCCUUGCUCAGUUACUUGUACGGUACCAUAAAACAAGAUGACUUUUGGAGGCACAGAUUGGCACUACUUGGAGCUGCACACAAGUAUGACAUUCUGGACCUUAAAGAUGCAUGUGAGGAAAGUCUGUUGGAGGAUAUUAAUUCAGGAAAUGUCCUUGAGAGGCUUCAAGAGGCCUGGCUGUAUCAGCUUGACAAGCUUAAGAAAGGGUGUCUGAUGUACUUGUUUGAUUUUGGAAAAAUAUAUGAUGUGAAAGAUGAAAUCGAUGCUUUCUUCAGGAAUGCAGACAGGGAAUUGAUGGUGGAGUUAUUUCAUGAAUUGCUCACCGUGUGGAAACCAGCAUGAACUCUUCUUCUCUUUUGGACUAUAAGGAACUUCUUCUAUAGAUCGUCUAUAUGUACAUAAAAACAGGUAUUUGUAUUGUUAAGUGUUUGUAAUAGUAUGUCAAACUUAAAGUCGUUGAAACUCCUAUCUACGACAUUAUGUAAUUUACCCAUAAGAACAGGUAUUUGUAGUUUACUGGUCUUCCAUAAAGAAUAAUAUUGCCUCUAUCAGUUGUUCCAUCUAGAUUUCGAUGAGGCGUGAUAUUUCGGUCUGGUCUUUCA